GGAAAGAGAACAAAAGAAUUUCUGACACAAAAAAACAAGCCUUUCUGAAUUUUCUGUACACGUCGGCUCUGUCACAGGCCAUGGCGUGUUACUCUGCCCUUCGCAUUUAUGACAUUUACUACUUUGCCCCUUCACCCUUCUCUUUCAACCAUCUUCUUCCUCUUCAUCUUCUUACUUCUCAACCUACUACCACUACUCAGCUCAAUCACCAAGGACACUGUUUUAGGGUUAGGGUUUUCUUCCCCGCCUUAUGCGCUGACCCUUUUCAAAAAUUUCGUCAACUUCGAAGUUUUAGCUAUAUAUUUAUUGAGUAUUUGGAUUUUUCACAAGUAUGGGGUAUGGGGAGGGGGGUGCUUUUCAUUGGAUCCUCACAUUCGAGUGUGUGAAGUUUAGAUAAUGAUGAUACUUGUGUUCUGAAUAUUGAGUUUGAAAACUCAUGGACGGACGGCGGCAUUCGGUUGAUAUUCCUAUUUCAAAGACUCUUGUAGCGUUGAGGAGAGUGAGGUCUCUGAGAGAUCCAUCUACUACUUCAACGAGCAAGUUCUCUGCUUUGGUUGAUAAUGUGAACUGGGAAACGAAUUCGGGUUCUGGAAUUUCUCUCCGGUUCUUGGAUUCUUGCCUAGAAGGUGGUGGUUCUGGUAAAAUCCAUCGUUUGAGAACUAAGAAUGUGGGUUAUUUAGAUGGCCAAAGACAGGAGUUCCUUGACGAUUUCAAUUUAAGUUAUGAUCUUGGGAAAUCUAAGUUUAACUCGUAUGAGGUUUCGGGUCCAUUGACCAUCGAUGGUGGAAGAUAUUGCAGCCAUCGUAUUGAUAACAAAAGUAUCAUACCUUCCAUUAAUCCUUUGGAAGAUAUUGACUCGUGUAAUGAACUAAGCAUAGGUCAAUUACCGGAAGAAAGAACAGAACACAUUGCAUCAGAAAGAAAAUUCCAGAGUCACAAUCAAGUGAAAAAAUCAUUCGGAAUUGUUGGUAAUGGUACAAGUCCAUCUCUCUCACUUAGAGAUGCUCUUUCGAGCCGUAGCACUUCACUGUUUGCGAAUGAAGAGGUUGAUGAUGUAUAUAAUGAUGACCCUGGAUGUGGUAUAAGCUGCUGUUGGUCAGGAACACCAAGAUUCCGAGAAUCUUCCGACGUAGAAAACAACCCGUUGCUAUGCAAGAAUGUGGAUGAGAUCAGUAGUUAUGAUACCAGAUGCUUGAAAUACAAUUGCAAUGAAAUUGUUCCACAUUCUGAAACUCCUAGGAGUCUGAGUCAAAAGUUUAGGCCAAAAUCUUUUGGUGAAUUGGUGGGACAAAAUGUAGUAGCAAGGUCUCUAUUGGGUGCAAUCAUUAAAGGAAGAAUAACUUCAUUGUAUCUUUUUCACGGCCCUCGUGGUACUGGCAAGACUUCUGCUUCUAGGAUUUUUGCUGCUGCACUGAAUUGCCUCUCAUUGGAGGAGAACAGGCCAUGUGGUAUUUGCAGGGAAUGUGUUAUGUUCUUUUCUGGGAGGAGCAGAGAUGUCAAAGAAGUAGAUCCAGUACGAAUCAAUCGGCGAGAAAGGGUUAGAUCCUUAAUUAAGAAGGCAGCCAUCCCUCCAGUUUCUUCAAGGUUUAAAAUUUUCAUUUUUGACGAGUGUCACUUACUACAUGGAGAAACAUGGGCUACUGUUUUACACAGCUUGGAUAAUCUUUCUCAACAUGUAAUCUUUGUAAUGAUUGCUCCCGAUCUGGAUAAGCUUCCCCGAAGUGCAUUAUCACGGUCCCAGAGGUACCACUUUCCUAAGAUAAAGGAUUCUGAUAUUUCUGGCAGAUUAGUAAAAAUUUGUCAUGAAGAGGGUCUUGACUUUGAUCAAGUUGCUUUAGACUUUAUUGCUGCUAAAUCAAGUGGUUCAAUGAGGGAUGCCGAGAUGAUGCUUGAUCAACUGAGUCUGCUGGGUAAAAGGAUCACAAUGUCCCUAGCAUAUGAACUAAUUGGCAUUGUAUCAGAUGAUGAGUUGCUUGAUCUGCUAGAUUUGGCUAUGUCAUCAGACACUUCAAAAACGGUGAUAAGGGCCAGGGAGCUGAUGAGAUCAAGAAUUGAUCCUAUGCAGCUUACAUCACAACUAGCAAAUCUCAUUAUGGAUGUUCUUGCGGGUAACUGUCAGGAAGGUUGCUCUGAAGUUAGAAGAAGGUUUUCGAGUAGGCAUACCUCUGAAGUGGACUUACAAAAACUGAGUCAUGCACUGAAAAUACUAUCGGAAACAGAAAAACAAUUGAGGAUGUCAAAAAAUCAAACAACAUGGCUUACUGUUGCUCUUUUGCAGCUUAGUUCUAUGGAAUGUUCUUCAGAAGUGAAUGAUUCAAAGUUGUGGCUGGAUAAUGUUCAUGAAAGAGGGGAGAGCUGGAAGCAUGUUGUGAGUUGUUCAUGUGAGGAGAGAACGCCACAAACAUUAAGAAUACCUGAAGAUUAUAGAAGAACCUUGGAAUCCAUAUGGAAGAAGGCUACAGAACUAUGCCAAUCCAGUUCUUUUAAGAACUUUCUGCUAGAACAAGGGAAACUAUCUUCUCUAGUUGUUAGUCAAGGGCGAGCGGUAGCCGAGUUGGAGUUCUGUCAUCCUAAUUGUAUAUCUAAGGCAGAAAAAUCACAGAAGCUGAUUGCCAACUUACUUCGGUCUACUUUGGAUUGUAAUGUAGAGAUUAAGAUUAAUCUUGUACCUUGUGCUUCUUCUAAGUCAAGGCAUGCCAAAGUAAAGAAACCAUCUUUCAAGUUAUUUAGCUGUUGCCGCAGAGUCCGUAAGUCACAACCGUCUACUGAAUGUGGAAGUGAUUCAGACUAUUCAGAAUACACAUCUGAAAGGCCUAUGAUAAGUGAAAGAUGUACUAGACCUUUCUCUGAUGAUUCUAGUUUGAAAAUUCCACAUGAAUGUUGUCACAGAAUGGAUGUUGUAAGAACAUUGGGAAAUGGUGAAGGAAAUGUGCAGAGCACAAGAACACCUCCUCCUCAUGGUCCUGGUCAUGGAUCGUUGGAACAUAGACCGAUUGCUGAAUUAGUAGCUGCUGCUCCCAAUGAAUCGAGAUACAAUAAUGAAGGCUGUGUUUUACCUUUUCAAGAGCCCGAGAAUCAGCCAAACUGUUUUGCUAGAACUUUUAGGCGUCAUAAAAAGUCACGUUCAUCAGAUGCCUCUCAGUUGGUUUGUAGAACAGAAUCCCAGCAGAAGAACAUGCUUGCAUUGUCUAUUGUGAGGAAGGCAUCUUCUGAAACAAGUGUAACUACCAGUGACACAAAUAACAACUCAAACACCUAUACUAACAGCUCUGGAGAUGAGAAUGGAUUGCGGGAGAACUCAGAAACCCUUUGUUGGAGAACUCCUACAUUUCACCUUAAAAAGGCUUGGCGGUCAAGGCAUCAGCAAGAAAACUCGCAGUUGGUUAGAUGGGUUCUGCCAUGCGCCUCCACUUCCAAGUAAAACUCUGCUAAAUAGGAGAAGCUUUAUACAUGAAAAUGAAAUUCACACCUUAUCAUUGCAUACUUGAAACACUACACAUAUCUGAAAAAGAUGUCUUUUUUUAUAGGAAGAAGCUUUGCCAUAUUUUGUAAUGCAUUCUUUUGAAAGCAAAUAGAUACUGAGGUCACCACAUAUCUACAUAUCUGAAGAAGUGGAUAUGUAUAUUAAAUAUCUACAUCUAAUCUAUAUAUAUGUGU